AUGAUGAUAGCAAGAUCGGAGCAGCACAACGUAGCUCGUGAUAGUUCUUUGAGUUCAUCUCCCAGAUUGGAAAUGAUGAUGGAUGAAUCUCAGCCGUCAGCUGGCUUAAAUUGCGCUCUCUUCGUGGAAUCAAACAAGUGCAGAUGGCGUAACAGUGGAGAUGAUGAACUAGAUUGGGCUCCUGUUAACAGAGUUUCAACAUCUGAGCAGUGGUUCCCGUAUUUGGAAGUACAAACAUAUCCUGAUCAAUAUGCGGGUGCUCUGGUAUCAGGUCCUAGACAGGGCUGGGAAGGUGGACGAUUAGAGUCAGACUUAGUGCCAUGCAUCGGUAGCUCUUUAAAACUAACUGCUACAGUUUGGAGAUCAAAGAACUCUGAUCAAGGAAAUGAACCAAAACUUCAAGUUUGUACCAGAAAUCAAGGAGAAGAGCGUAUGCCACUUAUAAACUGCGCCGACUUUGAAAUACGAAAUGGUAUACCAAUGUCAGUUGAUGUUCCAGUUGCGAAUGAUCCUCAACUACCAGCUCAGGUGAUCAUUAACGGAUACAAUUUCAUCGGUCCAUCAGGAGGAGCCAUUUUCUUGCAAGACAUUAUAAUAGAAGGAACGACAUCUUGUUCUACUGAGCAAGUCGAUGAAACAAUUCAUAAUUUUGCUCGUGACGAGAACACUCAAUCUCUCCUAGACGAGCAAUCUACGGAAGCUGUUUUAGGAAAGCUCAAAAAUAACUAUCAAUCUCUCGUUUCACUUGAAAAUCGCAAGCUAUCCGCUUCAUCUUCUCAUGUUCGUCCCAUACCUUUAGUAAACGGUAUGAGUGAACUACAAGAUACGAAGCCAACCUUGGUUCCACCCUCAAUGGCCUCCGAGUUAGCAAGAAGCUCAGCAAACGCUGGUCCCUCAAUUCCCACAUUGUUCGAAACGUGCAUAGCCUUAUCGUGUAACCCAUCUGAUUUGAAUUGUAAAUUCUGGAGAUCUUCCGGACCAAACUUAUGGGAGAUUGGAUCAACGAACCGUGCGGCUAAUCCUUUGACUGGUGUGCCAUACGGUCCUGGAACUGCUCAGAAAUAUUUGGUUGCAUCAUUUUUGAAUAAUGUUGUCAACAAUUACAUCUUGGUAUCUGACAUACUACAAGUUCCCUCGACCGAUACGUUUUUUUGCUUUUAUGAAUAUUUUGCUACUGAAGGCUUAACGUUGUCUAUCUGCACAAGCGAGAUGGAUUGUUUUUAUUCCAAAAACAACUUGACUAUCGCUUUGAAGGAAAAUAGAAAGUGGAAUAUCAGAUGCACAAGACUUCCUGAAGGAGUGUAUAGAAUAAGGGUCAUCGCCGAGAAUCGUGGUAAAAAUAAAGGAGAAGUUGGUUUCUUGCCUAUUCGUCUUUCACGUGAUCCCGAUGGAUUAGAUUUUAUCUGCUAA